CCUUGGUGAUGCUGAGUGCGAGACUGAGUGUGUCGUCGGAAAACGUCAACCCAGUGGCACUCCUCACCUCUCUUCUCAUGCACGACUACAUGUUGCCCAAACUCAUGCUGAAGCAGGCCCCCAAUUUCAACGUGUCAGCUGGAGGGUCCUCGGAGACGCAAGCAAGUGCUCAGAGGAGACUGUUCGCAGCACCCUACACCUCUGUGACCUGUCAGGGAGUGCACUGUGUGAGUGACAUCUGUUCUCUCUCCAAUGCAUUUCCCAUCAUUGAUCUAGUGAGGCCAUUCGUGACUGUGCUUAAUCAUGUGGGCUUCAUCUGUCCAAAUGCACUGGCAGACUCUUUGCUUCCCAUCAUGAAUGAACAUGGAGACAUCAGUAACUUUCUGAAGGGAGACCCCCUGAAGACAACAGGAUGGGCCAACAUCUACCUCCUCCUCUCUCCCAUUGUGAAGGAGCUGCUGCAGAACAGUCUCCUCUGUCUGUUCGAGACAUCCGCACCGCCUGUCUCCACUACCCUCCCAAUGUACUCGGCAGGAUCUUUGGGGGAGCAGCCUUUUUAUCAGAGUCUAGGUGAGCUGCCGUGUGGGUGUCGACUGAGGAACAGCAGAAGCAACACCAACAACUACAACAGUAGCAGCAGUCCCGCCAGUCCCUCAUUCCUCACAGCUGCUGCAGCUGCCUCCGCCUCACCAUCCUACUCCGAGAGAGUGUACGAGUGUGUGAGUGAGUACAUGAGACUGCUGUCCACUGCCAUCUAUUCCCUCUCGCCCGCUCUGCUCGCAUUCUUCUCCCAACUGGACAGACUGUGCAUGGAAGAGGAGGCGGCAGGCUACUCAGUGCCCAACCACUCCCUCCUCCUCUAUGUCAUCUGCAGGUGCACCAUCCACUACAUCAAGAACCAGAAUUACAUGCACGACGAAGUGCAGAUUGGGGCUCUGAAGAAACGAGAGAUGAAACUGCUGAAGAAAUUCAAGGACAGUCUGAAAAACCUCUUCUGUUCACACGAGAAGUCGCCUAAUUGGACUGCAGAUCAAGUGAACAUGUACAACGUCAGCAGACCCCAGGUGGAAAUACUGGGUCAGAAGUUGAACAGAUUUGUGAAGAGUGGCUCAUCUCGAGCAGCUGGGCCAGGAGCAAACGCAGUGGAUGCCGAGAAAAACUUUGCUGACGAUGUCCCCAUUUCAGUUCUGGACGACCAGGUUCUGAAUGGUUGUCAGUUGGUGUGGAGCACGGCUGAGGGCAGAAUCUCCCUGGUGCAGGCUCACCACAUCAUAAAAGCGAAUCUAUCUUGGAUCGAACACGAACUGCACGUCUCUUCCCUCAAUCGAACCAACAUUCCAUCCCCGUCUGCAGGUCAACAAGAACAACAAACCCGAACAGCAGCAUUUCAACCUGCUUCGAGUAAAUCUGCAAUGAACUCGACUGAUUCAAAUACAACUGAGUUCCAGAUACCGUCUGCACCUGUGUGUGGUCCCUUGACUUGCAAUUCUGGGAAGAUACACAGUUUAGAAAGUCUUAACCAGCAGUUAGACUGGGAUAACUUGUUUUGCGUAGACCUGGGCAUUUCAAAGUUGGCGCUGAAAAAAUUGAUUGUCAACAGACCUGAAUUUCAAGACGAGUCAAUGCUUCUAACGGGAAUGGCGGAAUGUUUUGAAAGUGAACAAAGUGUGAGUAAAAAUGAAACUAUGACAGAUUCUGAUUUGGUCGAAGAUUCAUUUCAAAAGGAAUAUUCGAAGAUGGAGACCAAUUUUGAAGUGGAUAUUGCAAAUCAAAGACUCCAAAAUGAACAGAGUGUAGCGCAGCAACGAAAAAUAAUGAUCAAUGAGAUUCGCGAAGCGUUACAUUUGUAAAUUAUGAUAAAAAUAUCAGCUAUGUUUGCCAUAGGAAAGCACAAAAAAUCCUUAAAUUAGAUGUAAAUUAUCCAAAUUAUGUAAAAUGCACCUUAAGUAGCUUAAAGAUAUUUAUUUUGAAUGUUAUAUAUUUUUUUGUAAAUUUUAGUAAAUGUAAAUACAAGUAGAAU